CCCACAGCUUACUAGGCUAGGUCAAAGCACCCCGGUCUACAGAGUUCGACUCACUGCCCUUCACAUAUAGGCCGCCUUCUUAACUUCAUAAGAUUAUCUCCUUCCCUACUUGUUAUCUUUUGCAGCACCACAUUGCACUCGCCAAUUACCUGAGCAUUCCUAACACAAUGAAAGAUCUCCGCGAAGCUCUACUAGCUCCUUCUCCGAAAGGUGUUUCCGAAAACACGUUGUCGGAAACCGUGGCUCGAGACGAAGAGAGUGUGCGCCAAAGCAUUGCCCGAGGGGAGGAUCUUGAAGAACUUCGGGGAGCGGCAUUCCACAAUCGAACAUGGGUCAUCAGCGACCGCUUUUGCAAUGUUGGCGAUGGCGUAGACUCUCUUGAGGGCUAUCUCCAUGAUCUUUGGCACAUGUACUACCAGGUCGCCCGCCAUACAGCCCAUGAAACGCCUGAACAUGACCGAGUUGUUCUAGACAUACUCAAGAUCCAGGGACGCGGGGUUUUAACCCGACCCGCGCCGGGUGUUUUUGGGGUCGAUAUUGCACGAACAGUUGAAGGCGCGCUAUGGAAUGAUCUACCCUUCUUGGUCACUGACAUGACCAAAUUCUGGGUCGAUAACGCCGCAAAGCUUUCGAGCGCUCAUCGCGUCAAUUUUGCGUCUUUCUUGGCCAAACUGGCAGCAACACGCAUCAGCAAGGACAGGGUGUGUCAGAUUGCCCUUGUUCUCUUCCGAUCUGCGCUCGAAGAACCUCGAGAGCUUAACACGGGUCAAGGAUCUGACCAAGAGGACAGAAGUCGAGACAUGAGAGAGCUUGACGUUGUCCACUUGCUGCCGUCUGUCUCGAUUUGGAUCAAGGAGGCUGGCUACAAUCUGAUUCAACUGUCAGAUGUAUCGUGGAAUGGUUGCCCUAGCGCUAUUGGCGAGGGUGGCACCAUGUUCGUCGAGUCAGUGCUUGGGAAACGAUGCCCGUAUGGAUUCACACCUUGGCGCUGGAUGUUCUGGCUCAAGCGUUUGCAUGAAAUCAGAGAUGAGGCAAAGGAGGCCAAAGAGGAACGCCUAGAGGAAUAUGCUGCUGAUGCCAUUGAAUCAAUGCUCGGGGCGGUGGUAGAGCGUAACUCUGAGAUUCUGAGAGCUUAUAAGAGUGCUGGAAAAGACAUGCACGAGGAAAAACAUCUGUCUUGCUUGAAGGAUCCAGCUCAGAGCUUGGAAGAGCUGGCUAUGAGCCGGAUGGAUGACACUGGUGAUAGCGAAUAGUAACUUCCAGACUUUAGCUCUUAAGAACAGACACUCUUUUAAUUGUAUAUGCCUUCUAUGAAAACUAUUUUGCUUCACAUGCGCGAAAAACACCGGAUAGCAUGUUCUCAUCUGCCA